AUGGAUCCACUCUUCCCAAUCUUUAAAGCCAUCUACACUUCUGCUCUCAGAGCACCUGAUAUCAAACUUAAAUUACCAAGUAUCUUUGAAAAGGGUCUUCCAAAGAUGCUCGUCUUUGUUCUUCUUCUUGCUUCAUACUUUGUUAUUUGUUCCGGUAUUGUUUACGAUAUGAUCAAUGAACCUCCAUCUAUUGGUAGUAGAAGAGAUGCUGACGGAAGAGUUAGACCAGUAGCAGUUCUUGAAUAUAGAUUAAACGCUCAAUACGUGAUUGAAGGAUUCAGUGCUGGUUUCUUAUUCACAAUAGGAGGACUUGGAUUUAUUUCAUUGAAUUGGGCAGCUGAUCCAUCAACAACAACUCGCUCCCGAUACAUUUUCCUCGGAUUGGGAAUUUUCCUCAUCAUUAUUGCUUAUAACACUUUGAUCAUGUUCUUGAAGAUGAAGAUCACCAAUUAUCUUCAAUAA